AUAGUAAAGUGUUCAUACCUACUCUCUCCUUCAAUUCAACCAUAUUCUCCCGCUAAUCUCGCCAUCUUCCACUCUCUUCUCUCUGGUUUUGUCAUAAUUAUCAUCUCCGCAUCACAACCCCACUCUAUCCUCACUUCCACCUUCAUUCACUUUCACACACACCAUGACUUUACUUUUCUUCAUCUCUUUCUUUUUCUUUUUCUUCACCAUCACUAUCACCACCUCUGCACCACCACCACCACCACAACCUCCUCCUCCUCCUCCGCCAUACCCCUACGGUUUAUCCUACCACAUUAACUGUGGCACUUCUGCCAACUCCACAGACUCCUUCAACACCACAUGGCUUUCCGACCGUUUCUUCUCCGCCGGCUCCUCCGCCCUCGUCUCCCAGCCUCUCAACUUCCCCCUCCCCUCCGAGAAAACCCUCCGCUUCUUCCCUCCCUCCUCCUACGGCAAGAAAAACUGCUACACCUUCCCCUCCCUCCCCUCCUCCUCUCGCUACCUUCUCCGCACCUUCACCGUCUACGACAACUACGACGCCAAGUCCCGCCCUCCCUCCUUCGACGUCGCCCUCUCCUCCACCGUCCUCUUCAGCUGGCGCUCCCCCUGGCCCGAGUCCACCGCUGCCAAGGGCGCCUACUCCGACCUCUUCGCCUCCCUCUCCAACACCUCCUCCUCCCUCGAUCUCUGCUUCUACGGCUUCGCCACCGAUGCCCCCCUCAUCUCCUCCAUCGAGCUCAUCCAGGUGCACCCUGCCGCCUACGAUGCACCCGACAACAUUAUCCUCGUCAACUACGGCCGCAUUUCCUGCGGCGCCCCCCAGCAUUGGGGAGCCGCCUUCUCCAACGACACCGACCGCUUCGCCCGCUCCUGGCAGCCGGACUCUGCCUUCCGAAAAAUCCCUCAAGAUUCCAACGACGUCAGCUUCCUCUCCACUUCGAACUCGAUCUCCGGCGCGGACGAGGAGCCUAAUUACUUCCCCAUGAAGGUGUACCAGUCGGCGGUGACCACGGAGGGGACGCUGGAGUACGAAUUGGAGGUGGACGCGAAGAUGGACUAUACCGUGUGGCUUCACUUCGCGGAAAUCGAUUCCAGCGUGAAAAAAGUAGGGGAGAGGGUCUUCGACGUGUUCAUCAACGGCGAUAAUGUUACCAGGGUUGACAUAUACAAACAAGUUGGUGGUUUCUCUGCGUUGACUUUGCAUUACACCCUCAAGAACUUGAGCUCCAACGCGUUCACACUGAAGCUCGUGCCGGUUGUGGGUGCCCCUCUCAUUAGUGGCGUUGAGAAUUACGCAUUGGUUCCUAUCGAUCCCUCCACUCUCCCUCUCCAAGCGACUGCGAUGAAGGCGUUGAAAGAGUCGCUUCGUAUUCCUGAUAGAAUGGGUUGGAAUGGUGAUCCCUGCGCCCCUACUACUUGGGAUGCUUGGGAGGGUGUUACCUGCCGCAUGACUACCGAUAAAACUGCUCUCGUCAUAAGUGAGAUAGAUCUUGGCACUCAGGGCUUGAAAGGGUACAUAAGCGACCAGAUUAGUCUUUUGUCCAACUUGGUAAGCCUGAAUUUGAGUUCUAAUUCCUUGGCGGGCGAAAUACCAGCUGGACUGGGUCAAAAAUCUCUUAUACAAGUGGAUUUAUCAAACAAUCAGUUAACGGGAUCCAUACCUGACGGUUUGACAUCUUCGAAUUUGAAGCUCGUGCUACUGAAUGGUAACCUAUUGGAAGGGCAAGUUCCAGAGCAACUUUAUUCUGUUGGUGUGCAUGGUGGAGCUAUUGAUCUCUCUGGCAACAAGGGAUUGUGCGGUGUACCAUCUCUUCCAUCAUGUCCUAUGUUUUGGGAGCAUGGCAGAUUAUCCAGUCGGGGUAAACUUGCAAUAGGCUUGUCAUGUCUUUUUGUUUUGUGUGUGGUACUGCUGCUGGCAUAUAUCUACAUCAGGAGGAAAAGGAACGAUUAUGAUUUUGCUCUUCCUCAUGAAUUAAUUUCAUUAGCUGCCAAGAGAAACCGCUAUCAGAGGCAGAAAUCGUUGAUGCUUCUUGAGCUAGAGAGUCAACAUGCCAAGGGACUACCUUCACCUUUUACUCCACUAUAACUUUUUUUUUUCAACUGAUAUGAAAGAUUCAUUUCAUUGGUUUCGGGUAAACAUACACAGUUAUUGCUUAGAGAAGGUAAUUAAAUGUAACAGGCUAGCAGCAUCCCUGGGCCAUCAGGCAAAGUCACAUUAGAAAGAAAAAAAAGAAAAUGAUUUACAGGGGUUGGUCUGCUUUUCUUCUACAACUUUGCCAUGUCGAGGAUUGCUCAAGAUUCCUAGUGCCACACACAGUGAAAAUAGUUUCCUGAAUCAUCAAAGAAAGGAAUAUCCCUUGUUGUAUCUCUAGCCAUCUGUACCUUUUGAUGAACACACAUACCUGACAAAUAAAUAACCUCAUCAAUGUAUACAAUUGGAGCCAGAACUUGGCCUCCAGUUUUUCA